AGGCGAGUAAGCAAAAGACGGAUUUUGUCGGAGUACUGUUUUUUUUUACCUUCUCUGUUUUCACCCUUGCUGAAACAGGUAUCUGACUACUAGAGGUGUCUAAGAAGAGCUCCACUGUGUUCACAGUCUCCAGGACUACCAAUACUCAAGCACAAUCUAUCGUAGAACAAACUGCAUAAAGCUCCCUUGUCCAUCCCCCCCUCCCCCCAUACUAGAAGGUUUUAUUCAUCCAGAUUAAUUAUACCAUAGGGCACUGGCCUCCUUGACAACAACCAACUCCCCCAACUGCACUGUCAUAGACAUGAGACGAAGACCUACGGAUACCUCUCCGCAAAAGAGUCUUAAUCCUCAAAUCACGGAAGACUUAAAUGGUUCACGAGCUUACAGAAGUUCAAAUAAUAUUGGACAAACGAACGAAAAAGAUUGUAAAAGUCAUAGAAUUUCCACUGGCUCGAUCUUUUCUUCGCGUAAAUCGAAACAAGCUCCAAGUAACCCCUAUGCACAAAGCAUGGACUCCAAUAGUGAUGUUUCGCUGAUUGAUUCCGGAAGUAUUCUAAGUGGUAUCGGAAGUACCGGAGCCCAUACUGGAAACGGAUAUGGAUAUCCUUAUCCAUCGUCCUCGAAUCAGUCUCGUAGGAACACCAGCUCCGCGUCUGCGAUCUCGUUGACGCCCAGUCAUAAUGGGUCUAUUCGUACCACCAAUAUAAUACCAAACUCUCAUGUGACCAACUCAAAUCAUUCGAGACAAGCAUCUACAUUCAGCAUAUCCACCGCAAAUGGACCCAACUCAAACACUAAUAACUAUCCUUAUGAAUUGACUCCAAGUGCAACUAAUUCAAAUAAGUCUUACCAUUCGAAGAGCGCGUCGACUUCUCGAAAGGCUUCACAUGCUUCGAUUAUUUCUAAACCUUCAUUAUCUCUCACCAGUACUAAUGAUACCCUCACCGCUGGAGGAGCCAAUGGGUUUACUCUUGAAAAACCAUCACUGGUUUAUGAAAUAGACCGAAUGUUCCGUGAACUUAUGGAUAAACGUGAUUUUAGAUCACUCCCACCACAAGCAAAGCAAGAAAUGAUCAAUUACAAUCCAGAUAAAAAAUGGAUGCUUAUCUAUCAAGAUGCCCUUACUGAAUUCAAGCGUCAUGAACGACUGAUCAACAACAAGGAGGAAAGUGCUACCCCUGAGUUUUAUUCCUAUAGACUUCGUUCAUUUACCAUCACAGCACAACAAUUAAAGAAUUUAUGGGUAUCAUUAAGAACGGAACCUAUAGAUUGGGUCCGGGAAUUCAUCUUUGGAUUCCAAGGUGAUACUGUUCUUUCUAACUAUUUGAUCAACUUGCAGAAACGAAUAGAUGAAUCUAAUAUCGAAGAUAUAAACCAUGACUACUUUGAUAAGGAAUUCAAUACUCUUAAGGCAUUGAAAUGUAUGAUGAAUCAAAAACUUGGUGCUGAAAGAGUAAGAAAUGAAAUAAAUUUGUAUGUCAAUGCUAUAUCAGGAUCAUUAUUAUCUCCACGAAUAUUGACAAGGAAAAUUGCCACUGAAUCAUUAACAUUUAUGAUUGCAUACUAUAGUCAUAAUGAUGGAGAUUUACAAGGAAAAUACCAUAAGAUACUACGUGCAUUGGAUACAAUUCCAACAAGACCAUAUUAUGAAUUUGAAUCUAUGGAUUCCCAAACUCCUCAAAAACGACAAUUGGUUCGGAAACCACCAGCACCAAAAUCUUUCAAAAGAUUUGAAUUAUGGCUUAAAUUGGUUGCAAGAACAGUAGAAGGUCGAGGAAAAUAUAUGAAUUCACUUGUAGGAGCAAGUGAUGAACUUAAAUCGGCACAUGCGGGAGCAUCCGGUUCUGCUGGACAGUUGGAAAACCAUUUAUUGGAGUACAGUCUUGGUACAAUGCUUUUAAUUAAUACCAUCAUUCAAUAUGGUAUAGAUUAUAGGGUUAGAAUUCAUUUGAGAGCACAAUUCAUGGCUGCAGGUUUAGAUCUGAUCAUUGAAAAAUUUCUGGAUUUAAACUAUGAUGGUUUGAAUCAACAAAUUUCAACAUACUAUGCUAUGGCUGAAAAUGAUGAAGAAGAUUUGAAGAGUCGUGAACAAGUUGAUGAAAAUCUUGAUUUUAAUAAUCCAGUAGAGUUAGUUCAAUCGUUGUGGAACAAUGUUAAGAACAGCGAAGCCCAGGGUUUCUUCUUGAGUGCUAUUCAACAUUUGUAUUUGAAUCAAUCUGAAAAACGUGACAACUCAGAAGAACUUGCAAGAAGCUUGCGAUUAUUAGAUGGGUUGAUUCAAAAUGUCACCAUGGUUCAUACUACCAAUGAUGAUUCGGCAGUUGGAAUUGCUAUGAAUAGAUUACUUUCGAGCAUGAGUACUGAUGAAAUGUACAAAAAGGCAAUGGAAGAGGUUAAAGAAUACAAAAGAAUUGCUGAAGAGGCCACUACUGAAAGAGAUGAAAUAACCCGUCAAUUGUCUAUGGGGACUGAUGGUCUCAUUACAAACUUGUCUAAUGAGAUUAAAGAGCAAGAAAAUGUUUUAUUCAGGACCCGAAGACUUAAUGAAGAGAUGUCAAUUGAAUUGGAAGAACUUAAAAGGAAACAUCUUUUGGAGAAACAGGAACAAGAAUUGGAAAUGAGAGAAUUGCUCAUCAUGUUGAACAACAAUGCUGAAAUUACAGGAUCACAACGUGGUCAAGGCAAAACAACUCUACUGAUUCAAACAAAUAAUGAAAAUUUGGUUAAAAAGUUGCAGAAGCAAAUCCAUAGACGUAAAGCUGAGUACAAACUUGAUAAUAGACAGUUUGGUACUCAAGUUGAACCAAGUACUAGAUUAAGAGCUUUGAGGGACCAAAUGGGUGACAUCGAGAAUAUGGCCAGAGAAUUGGAAAUGACUGAGUUCGAAACAUAUACUCCUGUUGUUGAAGAAUCUCAAGCAUCAACUGAACCUGAAGAAGUGGACGUCGAGGAAGAUGAAGAUGAUGAUGAUGACGAAGAAGAAGAAGUUGUCACUCCACCUCCAUUUGUUCCAUUACCAAAGGGACCACCAAGACCAUGUCGUGAAGAUGACUUAGACAAGUUGGACACAUUAAGGAAAAAGUUGGCUUCAUUGCAAAGCGAAUCUAAUGAUAUAAUGAAGUUCAAUAAUAGUUCCAUGUAUAACAAGCAAAAGUUUUUGGCUAUGGAAAGAUUGAGAGAGCUUGAACUUAAUUUUAAAGAUCUUAAUAUUGAUUUCUCUCCUGAACAAGAAGAACUUCAUUUUGAUACUGAAUAUGUUGAUCCUACCAUUAAGGCAAAGAUUCAAGAAGAAUUGAAUGAAGUAGAAAAAUUAAAAGCUGACUUGGAAGCAAAAUUAUCUGCUAUCAGCACUGGGAAAUCGAAGGCUGACAAGCGUAGAUCGAUUCUAGUUACGGAUCAAAAUAUUCUUCAAAAGAUUGAACAAAAGUAUGUUAGAGGUCAAGUUCCUACUCAAACCGCUGAUAUCAAAUCUACUACGGGCUCAACAAAAGCUUAUAAAAGUCAUAGAAAGACUACUAUUGGUGGAAUGGAUCCUAAAUUCCUCAUGGAGUUGAGUUCUAAGGUUAGCAAGGCUGAACCAAUCGGAGAAAUGGAAGAGGAUGAUGAAUCUGAAACAAGUUCCGCGCCCGUUGAAGUUCCCAAAGCUCUCUCAUCGCCGAGUAAAGCUACUUCUGGGCCUCCACCUCCUCCACCACCACCACCACCUCCUCCUCCUCCUCCUCCGCCCCCAUUGCCUCCUAUUUUGGGAGGCUCGGGUGGUCCUCCACCUCCUCCACCGCCACCUCCACCCCCAUUACCUCCUAUUUUGGGAGGUUCUGGUGGUCCUCCACCUCCUCCACCUCCUCCGCCUCCACCUCCACCUCCGGGCGGUAUGGGUUCUGCUGGUGGUCCACCACCACCACCGCCGCCUCCUCCUCCUCCAUUCCCUCUGUCAAAAUCUACAGUGGUAACACGCUCAUCUCCCUCGCCAUCUCUUCCAGGUGCAUUUGAUCUGUACCCAAGACCCAAGAAGAAGUUGAAACAAUUGCACUGGGAAAAGUUUGACAGUAAUACUGAUAACUCUUUCUGGCACAAUACCAAAACUGAUUCUAUUGCGAAUGACUUGAUGUCCAAAGGUGUAUUCGAUGAAAUUGAAGUCAUUUUUGCUGCCAAGGAAAUCAAGAAGUUGGCAACUAAGAAGAAGGAAGAUAUAGAUAAGUUAACUUUCUUAUCCAGAGACGUAGCACAGCAAUUUGGUAUUAAUUUACAUUCCUUCAAUGGAAUUUCGGAUGAAGAAUUGGUCCUCAAGGUUUUACGUUGUGACCGGGAUAUUAUAACCAAUCAAUCUGUGUUAGAAUUCUUUGGAAAGGAAGAUAUUGUUGAAAUUUCUAAUUCCUUGGCAAGAAGUUUUGAACCAUAUGCCACGGAUUAUUCUGGCGGUGAAAUUUCAAAGGCUGAUAAAGAUGCAACCGAAUUGCAACGACCAGAUAGAAUCUACUUAGAAUUGAUUUACAACUUACAGCACUAUUGGAAAUCAAGAGUGAGAGCUUUGAAGGUCAUAAACAAUUUCGAAAAAGACUAUGAAGAUUUGGUUUCGAAAUUGAGAUCUAUUGAUGAAGCUGUUGAAAAUAUUAAAAAGUCUCAGCAUUUGAGAAGUGUGUUUGAUAUUAUUUUGGCUGUUGGUAAUUAUAUGAACGACACCACGAAGCAAGCACAUGGUUUCAAACUUAGUUCAUUACAAAGAUUGGGAUUUAUGAAGGAUGAUAAAAACAGCAUGUCAUUUUUACAUUACGUUGAAAAGAUUGUUCGUACACAAUACCCUGAACUUUUAGAAUUUAUGAAUGAAAUCGCAAAGUGUAUUGAGAUUUCUAAGUUUUCUAUUGAAGUUAUCGCAUCUGAUUGCAAAGAGUACGCACAAUCUAUUAAAAAUGUUCAAAAUUCUAUUGAUAUUGGUAAUUUGAGUGACCUGUCAAAAUUCCACCCAGAAGAUAAGGUUUUGAAAAUUGUAUUGCCAACGUUACCGAAGGCAAAGAGAAAGGGUGAUCUUUUGAUGGAUCAGUCUACUUACACCUUGAAGGAAUUUGAUAAACUUAUGAGAUACUUUGGAGAAGACCCAACAGAUUCUUUUGCUAGAAAUUCGUUUAUGAGUAAGUUUUCCAACUUUAUUUCAGAGUUUAAGAGAUCAUCCGCAGAAAACAUCAAGCGUGAAGAAGAAUUAAGAAUUUAUGAACAGCGUAAGAAACUUCUUGAAAAGCCAAAGAAGGCCCCAUCUACGUCUAAGUCCGAAGCUAAUAUUGAUGGUGAUGAUAAUGAUGACGAAAAUGUCAUGGACUCAUUAUUGGAAAAAUUAAAGGCCGCUGGUCCACCUAAGGGCGAACCUUCAUCUGCUCGUAAGCGUGCAUUGAUGAGAAAGCACUUAUUAGAAAACAAGAAGCCUGGAAAUUUGACUAUCAACACUGAUAGUCAGUCUGAUGAAAUGAGAAGUCCUCUUGAUCAUGCAUCUGGAGAAAAAUUGGACCUCUCACCCGAUGUAGUAGCGUCUCCUGAACCUCCUAAGGAGACUACACCUACAUUGGAAGGAAAUGACGAAGACUCCAAAGAUCAAGACGAAGAUGUUGGUUCUAGAGCUAGAAAUUUGUUACAGGAAUUGAGAGGUCCUGUGAACGACAGUGGUCGUGAAGGAGAACAUGAAUCUGCUGCAUUAAAACUUAGACAACAAAGAUUUAGAAAAAAGAUGUCCGCUAUCGAUUCAAUGGAUUUAGAACCAAAGCUGCCUGAUACUGAAAACUGAUUAUAUCAUAAUUCCGUAUAUUUAUAAUAAAAUUAAACUAAUUUUAGAUGCAUAUGUAUAGGUUUUAAUA